AUGUGUAUCAGCUUCGCUUCUCUUGCUCCAGCCCACUGUCCUCUCGACUCUCUCCGGCCCGCCAAUCCUACUCCUUACCAUCCGGAAAACCUUCCAUCAAUCUUAUCUCCUUUCUUUCGUCCCUCCAACCCAACUCCCUACCAUCCACAAAACCUUCCCCAAGAUCUUGAAGAGACACGAUCGAUAUGUCGAGUCCUCAAAGAGACUGGAUUUGUCAAUAUAGAGCAAUUCUUGGAUUCGCAUGAUUUGAGAGAUGAUGAGAAGAAUCGCAUGUUAAGGGCCUGGGAGUUCAAUGAGGGGAUAAUAGAAGACUGCUUGGUUCAGAAUGCGAAAGAGGAGAUUUUAAUGCAGAGAGAGAACGAGAUUAAUGGUGGGAGAGAGAAGGAAAAUGAGGUAUUCACCCCAUUCGCUAGCAUGAAGAAAAAGGCCAACACUGUGAAAUCAAAAGUGUUGGGCGAGAAGAGAAAUUUCAUCACUCAUCAGGCACCAAUACCCCAAAAAACAAGUGAUGAGAUGAAUUACAGCUCCGAUGAAUCUUAUUUCUCUAAUUACUAG